AUGAACCCGCGUCAGAGAGCCAUAAAUAUCAAAACAAAUGUGUUAGGCAUUUUACCAACAUUCUUUGGACGGAGGAACGAGUGUCCGUAUGAGUUCUUAAAUGAGUUCAGCAAGUUGUGCAGUAUUCAGAAAAGGCCCAACGACACAACAGAGGAGGAUUACCGCCUACAUGCUAUUCCGUUCGCCUUGAAAGGAGAGGCCAAUACCUGGUUACUAAGGUUACCUUCGGAUUCCAUUCGUACAUGGAGAGAUUUAAAGUUGGAAUUCCUGGAUUACUUUUUCCCGUCAAACAAGACAAACGCCCUCAAAAAGGAAAUCGUGGAGUGUAAGCAAGAGUAUGACGAGUCUCUGAGUCAGUAUUGGUCGCGGUUUAAGGGAUUGUUGGAUGCCUGCCCGAAUCACAGAAUGAUCGAGGCAGAGAUUUAUUAUUUGUUCUAUGAAGUGGCAAACCCCGAGUCGAAGGAUUUGAUGAAUUCCUCGAGCGGGGGAAAUUCACAAAGAAAAAGGGGAGUGAAGCCAGAGAGAUCUUGGGAAAGUUGA